CGCAUGCGGUCGGGUCCCGGGCUCGGCUGAACGGUUCGCAUGUGGGCGCUGCGCUGGCUGCUGCGGUCGGGGGCUGGGCGCGCCAUGUCACAGGGGCCCGCCCGCCGCCAGCGGCCCCCCAAAGACCCACUUCGACACCUGCGCACACGGGAGAAAAGGGGCGCGUCAUGGGAGCCCGGGGCCCCCAACACCGUGUAUCUGCAAGUGGCGGCCGCCGGCGGCCGGGACGUGAGCCCUGCUCUCUAUGUCUUCUCAGAGUACAACCGGUAUCUCUUCAAUUGUGGAGAAGGUGUCCAGAGACUCAUGCAGGAACACAAACUGAAAGUUGCUCGCUUGGACAACAUAUUCAUGACCCGAAUGCACUGGGCUAAUGUUGGGGGCUUGUGUGGAAUGAUUCUUACUUUGAAGGAAACAGGGCUUCCGAAGUGCGUGCUCUCUGGACCUCCACAACUGGAAAAAUACCUAGAAGCAAUCAAAAUAUUUUCAGGUCCUUUGAAAGGAAUAGACCUGGCUGUACGGCCGCACUCCACUCCGGACUACAAGGAUGAGACCAUGACGGUUCACCAGGUCCCCAUACACAGUGAGCGGAGGUGUGCAGAAGACCCCAUGUCACAGAGCCCAGAAAGGCCUCUCUACAGACGCAGCCCUGAACGGUCUCCAGACUCUGAAGCAAACCAGCGUGUGCAGCACCUUCCAGAGGGCAAUGGUGUCAGCCGGGCAGCAGGUGGCAGGGACCCUUCCUUGGUGGUAGCGUUUAUCUGUCAGCUUCACAUGAAGAAAGGGAACUUCCUGGUGCUCAAAGCGAAGGAGCUGGGCCUCCCCGUGGGGACAGCUGCCAUCGCCCCCAUCAUUGCUGCUGUCAAGGACGGGAAGAGUGUUAUUCAUGAAGGACGGGAGAUUCUGGCUGAAGAACUGUGUACACCACCAGAUCCUGGCCUUGCAUUUAUUGUGGUCGAAUGUCCAGAUGAAGGCUUCAUCCAGCCCAUCUGUGAGAAUGACACCUUCAAGAGGUACCAGAGAAACCCUGACGCCCCUACGGCCUUGGUGGUCCACAUGGCCCCAGAGUCUGUGAUCAUAGACAGCAGAUACCAGCAGUGGAUGGAGAGAUUUGGGCCUGACACCCAGCACCUGAUCCUGAAUGAGAAAUGUGAGUCAGUGCAUAAUCUCCGCAGCCACAAGAUUCAAACACAGCUCAACCUCAUCCACCCGGACAUCUUCCCUCUACUAACCACUUUCCACAGUAAGGAGGAAAGGCCGACUCUCAGCGUGCCAGUGGUUCAUGGUGAAUGCCUCCUUAAGUACCAGCUCCGCCCCAGGAGGGAGUGGCAGAGGGACACUGUUAUUACAUGCAACCCUGAAGAAUUCAUAGCCGAGGCCCUGGAGCUCCCCAACUUCCAGGAGAGCGUGCAGGAGUGCAGGAAGAGCACGCAGGACAGCCUGGCCCCAGCAGAGAAAAGAAACCAGUAUCCAGAAAUCAUCUUCCUGGGAACAGGGUCUGCCAUCCCAAUGAAGAUUCGCAAUGUCAGCUCCACGCUCGUCAACAUAAGCCCUGACAAGUCUCUGCUCCUGGACUGUGGCGAAGGCACAUUUGGGCAGCUGUACCGCCAUUAUGGACAACAAGUGGAUCAGGUCCUGGCGAACCUCACUGCUGUGUUUGUGUCCCACUUGCAUGCCGACCACCACACGGGCUUGCUGAACAUCCUGCUGCAGAGAGCACGCGCCUUGGCAGCUCUGGGGAAGCCCUUCCACCCUCUGCUGGUGGUAGCCCCCACUCAGCUCAGACCCUGGCUGCAGCAGUACCACACCCACUGCCAGCAGAUUCUGCACCAUGUCAGUAUGAUUCCUGCCAAGUGCCUUCGUCAAGGAGCUGAGGUCUCGGACCUGUCGACUGAAGGUUUGAUCCAGUCACUGUUGAGAACCUGUGAUCUCCAAGAGUUUCAGACAUGCCUGGUCCGUCAUUGCAAGCAUGCUUUUGGCUGCGCACUGGUGCAUACAUCUGGCUGGAAGGUGGUCUACUCUGGGGACACCAUGCCCUGCGAGGCUCUAGUCCAGAUAGGGAAAGAUGCCACCCUCCUAAUUCAUGAAGCGACUCUGGAGGAUGGCUUGGAAGAGGAAGCCAUGGAAAAGACGCACAGCACCACCUCCCAAGCUAUUGGUGUGGGAAUGCGGAUGAAUGCAGAGUUCAUUAUGCUUAACCACUUCAGCCAGCGCUACGCCAAGAUCCCCAUCUUCAGCCCUGACUUCAAUGAGAAAGUUGGAAUCGCUUUUGACCACAUGAAGGUCUGCUUUGGAGACUUCCCAACUGUGCCCAAGUUGAUUCCACCAUUGAAAGCUCUGUUUGCUGGCGAUAUCGAGGAGAUGGAGGAGCGCAGAGAGAAACGGGAGCUGCGGAUGAUACGGGCCGCCCUCCUGUCCCAGGAGCGGGCAGGAAGUCCGGUGGACAGGGAGCCCCAGCAGAAACGGGCCCAUGUGGAGGGGCCACAGAGCCCACAGAGCAAGAAGGUCAGAGCCCAGUGAACUCCGGAGGCUACAUCUUGAGCUCUGCAUGGCACUGAUGCCUGCUCCUCUGAUCCUGGUGGGAGUCCAAGAGUGCCUUCUGUCAGGAGGAACGACUCAGUACAGGGGUGUAGAGUCCUGCAUGGCAUCUGGGUCAGCAUCCAUUUGCCAGACACCGCUCACGCCUGGUGCCUGGCGUGGCUGUAGGACAGGAGGCUGCUGAGUGGAAGACCUCAGGAGUGAGGAGUCAUACGGAAACGGGCAGCGCCUUGCCUCCGGCACAAUUGUUCCCUCAGCACACCAGGGAAGCCGCAUAAGUAGCCCAGACUCCACAAGAGUCAGGUGCAAUAAAGCUUGAGUUUGGAAUCCCCAGUUCUUUGGUACUGCUUCAGAACAAGGGCUAAAGCAUGUGGGGUGCUUGGCAUGUACCCAAGAAAGAAAGCAUCAGUUGCAGUGGAGGCCUGUGAAGCCCAUUUCCAGGCAACCAUCACCUCUCACCAGGUCCUGGGCUGAUAGUAGUGGCAAAAGAUGCAUUUAGUAAGAGCUGCCUGAGCCUGGCAGGCAGGCAGGCAUCCAGACAUAAGCCCUCUAUUCUGGGUGAAAGUGGAGACAAGGUGGAUGUUGGUGGCUCACACCUGUGAUCCUACUACUCAAGAGGCUGAGAUCUGAGGAUUGAAGUUUGAAGUCAGCCCAGACAAGAAAGCCCAUGAUAUUUAACUCUUAAUUCAGUAUCAGAAAAGUUGGAAGUGGAGUAACGGCUCAAAGUGGUAGAGCACCAGCGGGUACAGCACCCAGGUCCUGAGUUCAAGCCCC